AUUUGACUUGUUUAGCGAGCAUAAAAAUCUUAGGCCAAUUGUUCGCAAAUAUGAAAUGUUCGUUUGUAAACAAAAUUUUGCUCGAUUAUUUUAUUUUAAAACAAUGAGAUAUUCACGAGCAAGCUCUACUGAGACUCAAUUAACAUUUAGUUGUUCGAACUUAACUCGUUUUAAAUUAAUGAACGAGUUAAACUCAAGCAUUCAGAAAUCAAACCGAACUGUAUAUUUGCAAAAUUCGUUCAGAAGCUCUGAAAAUCCUCUUGCUGGAGCAUUUGUUUAUAUAAAUACACAAACAUAUAUCUGUUUCUUUAGUAGUAGCAAAAAGGUCCUUUAUUGGUUUUCCUUUUCUUCACUCAUCACUAAAACAAAAACUCCUCUGUGUAAUUAAUUAAUUGCUCUCUGCCUCUCUCAAGAAAGUCCAUUUUCCUCAUCCACAUCCAGAACUCAAUUUGCUGCUUUUAAGAUCUUGCUAAAAAAACAUUCCAUUUAGUGGAGGAAGAAAAAAGGAAAAAGGACAAUGUUUGCCCAGAAGCAAGCAGAGGAAGCCAUUGUCUCCACCUUCGACGAGGCCGAAAACGGCGGCGCCGGCGGCAAGGAGACCGCCGGCAACGCGGAGGAGCCGCCCAUUUUCAGCGUCAAAAACAUGCUCUGGCACGGUGGCUCCGCCUGGGACGCCUGGUUCAGUUGCGCUUCCAAUCAAGUUGCACAAGUGCUUCUAACACUGCCAUAUUCAUUCUCACAACUUGGAAUGUUAUCUGGGAUUAUUUUCCAAGUGUUUUAUGGAUUGGUCGGUAGCUGGACAGCUUACCUAAUAAGCGUACUGUACAUCGAGUAUCGAGUGAGAAAGGAAAAACAGGGCCAUAGCUUCAAAAAUCAUGUCAUUCAGUGGUUUGAGGUGCUAGAUGGAUUGCUAGGUCCUUACUGGAAAGCAGUGGGUUUAGCCUUUAACUGCACUUGUGUUCUAUUACCAUUCUGAAAAUAAUUUGUGAAUUAACAUUUACUACAUAAAUGACCACCUGGACAAGAGGACAUGGACAUACAUAUUUGGAGCUUGCUGUGCCACAACUGUUUUCAUUCCCUCUUUUCACAAUUACAGAAUUUGGUCCUUUUUAGGACUUGGAAUGACCACUUACACUGCUUGGUACUUGACUAUAGCAGCCCUUGUUCAUGGCCAGGCUGAGGAUGUUCAGCAUUCGGGUCCAAAGAAGCUGGUCCUUUACUUCACCGGCGCCACUAACAUACUGUACACGUUUGGCGGACAUGCUGUGACUGUAGAAAUUAUGCAUGCGAUGUGGAAACCUCAAAAGUUCAAGUACAUUUACUUGGCGGCCACGCUUUACGUUUUCACCCUCACCAUACCGUCGGCCUCUGCCGUUUAUUGGGCCUUCGGAGAUCAACUUCUUAACCACUCCAAUGCUUUCUCUCUCCUCCCAAAGUCCGGCUGGCGAGACGCCGCCGUUAUUUUGAUGCUCAUUCAUCAGUUUAUUACAUUCGGCUUUGCAUGCACGCCACUCUACUUCGUGUGGGAGAAGGUGAUUGGGAUGCACGACACAAAGAGCAUCUGCCUGAGGGCACUUGCUCGUCUGCCAGUGGUGAUCCCAAUAUGGUUUCUGGCUAUCAUCUUCCCAUUUUUUGGCCCUAUCAACUCAGCUGUCGGGGCCCUCUUGGUGAGCUUCACCGUAUACAUUAUCCCGGCCUUGGCCCACAUGCUCACCUAUAGAAAAGCCACUGCUCGCCAGAAUGCUGCUGAGAAGCCUCCUCCUUUUAUGCCGAGCUGGACAGCUAUGUACGCUAUGAACACAUUCGUCGUGAUAUGGGUAUUUGUCGUGGGCUUUGGGUUCGGAGGUUGGGCCAGCGUGACCAAUUUUGUCAAACAGGUCGACACAUUUGGGCUUUUUGCAAAGUGCUAUCAGUGCAAGCCUCCAGUGCCGGCCCAUCAAUUGCCGCCUUUAUCAUCACACCAUUGAUCCAAUGGCCCAUAUUCUCUCAAUUAGGCGCCAGUAUUUAACUAAUCUAAAUCUACAAUAUUUUUUUCUACUCCUCUGUACCUUGUAAUAUAGAUGGGGAGAUUUGAAAUAUUUUAUUUUUAUAAGUGAUGUGUGGCUUUUUUUUAAAAAAUUUUUUAUAAGAAAAAUGUGUUUUUAUAUUUACGUAAGAUGUUAGGUGAGCUAGCGUGAUGAAAAUUUGGGGUGAUUGAUUGUAUUAGUACAGUCUGAUUAAGCAAAAGUGUGUACUAUUAGUUUUGACCUGUUGUUUUUAAUUCAUACUAUUGCCAUUUAUGAUUGGGAUAUGAAAUUUUGAAUUCCAGUUUUA